CCGCCAGUCAGUCGCUCAUUGGUCGCGUCCUGCGCCAAUUGCAUCGUAAUUAGUGCGGCUGCGUUGCGGGGCGAUUAAUUUGUCUUCGGAGAGAAAGACUAUAGGAUGAGAUAGCGGGACAUACAGAUGUGUCCUGUCCGAUCUGCCCACAGUAACAGCCUCUCUCGCCUGCGGUGUUUUCAGCAUCAAUAACUGGAUUAGGUUUUGCGCUUUGAGGCUGUUGCUGCUUUAAGACGGCUCAGGUGGAGCAGGAUAACGCUGAUGCGCGUGUAGAAGCGCGUCUCCUCCUCCUCUAGUGCAGACACUGCCGCAUCUUCAUCAUCAUCAUGGGGAACAGGGGCAUGGAGGAGCUCAUCCCGCUGGUCAACCGGCUGCAGGACGCCUUCAGCUCCAUCGGCCAGAGCUGCAACCUCGACCUGCCGCAGAUCGCAGUGGUGGGCGGGCAGAGCGCCGGGAAGAGCUCCGUGCUCGAGAACUUCGUGGGCAAGGAUUUUCUUCCUCGUGGAUCUGGCAUCGUCACUCGCAGGCCUCUGGUUCUGCAGCUCAUCAGUGCCAACACAGAGUGGGCUGAGUUCCUGCACUGCAAAGGGAAGAAGUUCACUGACUUCGAUGAGGUCCGUCAGGAGAUCGAGGCCGAGACGGACCGCGUUACUGGGGCGAAUAAGGGCAUUUCCCCCAUUCCCAUCAACCUGAGGGUCUUUUCCCCACAUGUACUGAAUCUGACGCUCAUCGACCUGCCGGGCAUCACUAAAGUGCCGGUGGGCGAUCAGCCGGUGGACAUCGAGCAUCAGAUCCGAGACAUGAUCAUGCAGUUCAUUUCUCGAGAGAGCUGCCUCAUCCUGGCCGUCACCCCCGCCAACACUGACCUGGCCAACUCCGACGCGCUCAAACUGGCCAAAGACGUGGACCCUCAGGGCCAGAGGACGAUCGGUGUGAUCACCAAACUAGAUCUGAUGGAUGAAGGCACAGACGCUCGAGACGUCCUGGAGAACAAGCUCCUGCCGCUACGCAGGGGUUAUAUCGGGGUGGUGAACCGCAGUCAGAAAGACAUUGAAGGGAAGAAGGACAUCAAAGCGGCUCUGGCAGCGGAGAGGAAGUUCUUCCUCUCUCAUCCAUCCUACAGACACCUGGCGGACAGCAUGGGAACCCCACACCUGCAGAAAGUCCUCAAUCAGCAACUGACCAAUCACAUCCGGGACACUCUGCCUGCCUUCCGCAGUAAACUGCAGUCGCAGCUGCUUUCGCUGGACAGAGAGGCGGAGGAGUACCGCCACUACCGGCCCGACGACCCGUCGCGCAAGACCAAAGCCCUGCUGCAGAUGGUUCAGCAGUUCUCGGUGGACUUCGAGAAGCGCAUCGAAGGUUCAGGCGAUCAGGUGGACACCGUCGAGCUGUCGGGCGGAGCCAAGAUCAACCGCAUCUUCCACGAGCGCUUCCCCUUUGAGCUGGUCAAGAUGGAGUGUGACGAGAAGGAGAUGCGUCGUGAAAUCAGCUACGCCAUCAAGAACAUUCAUGGUAUCAGGACCGGUUUGUUCACUCCAGACAUGGCCUUCGAGGCGAUUGUGAAGAAGCAGAUUGUGAAGAUAAAGGAGCCGUGCAUUAAAUGCAUUGAUCUGGUGGUUCAGGAGCUGAUCAACACCGUCCGUCAGUGCUCCAAUAAGCUGGAUUCUUUCCCACGACUGCGGGAGGAAACAGAGCGUAUUGUCACCUCUCAUAUCCGUGACAGAGAGAGCCAAGCCAAAGAGCAGGUUUUGCUGCUUAUUGACGUUCAGCUCGCGUACAUUAACACCAACCAUGAGGAUUUCAUCGGCUUUGCAAAUGCCCAGCAGCGAAGUAGCCAAGCAAACAAGAAGAGUUCUGCUGGAAACCAGGAGCUCCAGGUCAUUCGUAAGGGCUGGUUGACCAUCAAUAACAUCAGCAUCAUGAAGGGCGGAGCGAAGGAGUACUGGUUUGUGCUGACCGCCGAGAGCCUGUCCUGGUUCAAAGAUGACGAGGAGAAAGAGAAGAAGUACAUGCUGCCCUUGGACAAUCUGAAGGUCAGAGAUGUGGAGAAGAGCUUCAUGUCCAGCAAGCACAUGUUUGCCAUCUUCAACACAGAGCAGCGGAACGUCUUUAAGGACAAUCGUUUCUUGGAGCUGGCCUGCGACACUCUGGAGGAGGUGGAGAGCUGGAGGGCGUCGCUCCUGCGGGCCGGCGUCUAUCCGGAGAAGGCCGUGGUGGAGAGCGAUAGUUCUGGUCCGUCAGAGAACUUCUCUAUGGAUCCUCAGCUGGAGAGGAAGGUGGAGACCAUCCGCAACCUGGUGGACUCCUACAUGGCCAUCGUCAACAAAUGCAUCCGUGACCUUAUGCCCAAGAGCAUUAUGCAUCUCAUGAUCAAUAAUGUGAAAGACUUCAUUAACGCAGAGCUUCUGGCCCAGCUGUAUUCGGCCGGAGACCAGAACGCACUGAUGGAUGAGUCUCAGGAGCAGGUACAGCGGAGGGAAGAAGUGCUGCGCACACACCAUGCCCUGAAGGAAGCGCUGGGUAUCAUCGGGGAUAUCUCCACCUCCACCAUCUCCACCCCGCUGCCGCCUCCUGUGGACAACUCAUGGCUGCAUGCCGGCCAGGGCGGCUCUCGAAGGUCUCCUCCGCCCAGUCCCACGGCUCCGCGCAGGAUGUCUGGAGGACAGAGACCGGCGGGUAGGGGCGCUCCUCUGCCUCCGUCUCGUCCAGGACCUUUAGGGCCCUUGAAUAACAGCGCUGACAGCCCACAAGUUCCCAGUCGGCCCAACAGGGCACCGCCCAGCAUUCCCAGUCGUCGUCCUCCACCUUCCCCAACCAGACAGGUUCCCCCUUAAGGGGCCGUUUUAUUUCCUCCUGGAUCGAGUGCGAUACUCCAGGCCCAUUCUCAUGUGAACAGUACGCCAACGUCAGUCCUGUACCAAAGCUCCUGCAUGUGCUAGUCCUCUCCCUCCCGUGUCCUGCUCCAGUGUGACGGUGGUGUCUGUGAUAGCAGUGCUCGUUGUGUGUCGUCUGUCAGUGCCUGUGAUUCAGUCUGGUUCAGACUUCGAGUCUCAUCACGCUUUCCUCCACUAGUCUCCACCCAAACCCCAGCAGGCUCUUUCCUCCAUGGUGAAAUCAUUUGUGGCAGAGCUGUGCUUCCCGUUCCUCACAGCGCUGACCCUUAUAGCCACGCAUGUGUGUUUAUUUCAGGGUGUUGUAUGCGUGUCCACACACUCGUGUCAUAUUAUAGCACAGUGUGUGAGUGAUAUAUCUUAGUAUAAGCUGGGAAGCGUGUGUGUGUGUGUGUGUGUGUGUGUGUGGCUGAAUUAAAAUAUAAAUGUGUAAAAUAGUUUAAGAUUACGUGAUGUUUGUGUUCUGAUAGCAGUCACCGUUUGACAUUUAAAUUAUUGUUGUUGUUUUUUUUAUUUUAAUGUUGUUUGUCAUUAAAAGGGUUUAUUUGACUUUACGGUGUGUUCACACUUGGCAGGUUUGAUUCCAUUAAAACAAACUCAGUUGUGUUAGUGCGGUUCGGUGUUGAAAACGACAGUGUGAACGCUAAACGAACCCGGACUUUCUUUUUUUUCUGGACCAAAAGAACCAGGAGAACCGGACUACAAGUGUGAACACUCCCUGUGUGAUUUGCUGGUUUUGUUGUUUCAGUCUUGCUCACUUUAGAUCUGCAAACACUUAUAUGAGCACCACAAUAUGAAGUAUCAUAUUCAUCUUCUUGAAUAGCGCCACCUGCUUGCAAUACUAGUUCAUGACAGAUAAUCCAAAUCGUCAACCAAAGUCCCUGGAGCGACGCUUCUGUUCUGUGCGUGUUUCGGAUAACUAACGCUAGACCCGUCACCAGAGCAGAGUCCCGUUACUGGCAAUAACUCCAGCAGUAGUUGUGUUGUGUCUGUGAGUCUGUUCAUUACAUUAGUGAGAUUUAUUUGCUACUCUACUCAUGUUAAGUAACUACAACACUACUCUUCGUUUGAGAAUAAUAUUAUAGCGCUCUAAAGGACUAGAUAAGGAAUGUAAGCAUGCAGGGACUCAUGGAAACAGCUGGUGUAUUUUUAAUUAUUAACAUGAAUAUAUGGAUAUAUUAUCUGUAGGUUUGUGAAUCAGAGACUGAACUUUGUACUUGUUUCAUAUGGAUGUAAAGGCGUGUCAUGCAGUAUUUGUUGGCAUUAGUCCUCCUCGCUCAGGUGAAGGAUCAACUAACCCUUCGCUGUUCACUCACAUAAACACAGAGAUCAGGGACAGACUGAACAACACCAUCUCAGAACGAACGUUAUACUGAGAGACACUUGCUGAACCAGCUCAGAUCAUUUUAGAGUUUCACACACUAUCUUCAGACAGGGAUAUUAGUCUCUCAGAUGUAAAGCCAGUGUUUUAUAUCAGAUCUGAGCUCACAUUAUUAUACACUCUUACGGUGGGACAACCGAAUGCUUCAGCCGUUUACUCCGAGAGACACAGACGGUGGAGUCUUACACGAGUCGAGAUCUGAGAGUGUUUAACGUGAACAUCUCACUCUCUGUAUGUUUCAUUAUGGCUUGAUGUACUGUACCUCUAUAUGUAUGAAAUAAUAUGUAUUAAGGAAAAUGAAAUAAAAUGAGAACCUGCAGUGUAUAAUUACUGUCCGUUUCAA